AUGCAAAAAAAAGCCAGAGAUUCUUUCAAAAAUGAUGUUAAAUAUGGCAUAUUGAUUGAGUAUAGGCAAAUAAAGUUGUACAUUCUAUUUAUGCCAGGAUACACUGGAGGGUUACAUCAAGACUCAGAUGUUGGGAAAUCAUUUCAUAAUCGCGAAGUUAGUUUUACAUUAAAUACGGAUGUGUAUUUAAGAUAUUAUUCAUAUAAUAACAUUGAGGAAUUAAAAACUGAUGUUUUAAACAAAUUUCCUAAAAAAAUUGAUAUUGGAGCAAUUUAUACUGCAAGACCAAUAGUUAAAAAAUCUCUUAAACCAUCACUAUUUCAACCAAUUGAAAAAGAAUUAGUAUUUGAUAUUGAUAUGACAGAUUAUGAUGAUAUUAGAACAU